AAAAUUUUUUUUUUUUUGUUAGUUUACUUUAUUGCCCUUUAGCUAUCUAAAUCCAUUUUGAAUUUCUGUAACGUUAGAGCUUUUCAUCAUGUCUGGUCGGGGUAAGAAGAUCGUCGCUGCACCAAAGACCAAGUCGUCCGUGUCGCGCUCGUCCCGCGCGGGCCUUCAGUUCCCUGUUGGCCGCAUCGCGCGUCUCCUGCGGAAGGGAAACUACGCGGCGCGCAUCGGCUCCGGAGCGGCGGUGUAUUUAACGGCGGUUAUCGAGUAUCUGUGCGCGGAGGUGCUGGAGCUGGCGGGAAACGCAAGCCGCGACAACAAGAAGUUGCGCAUAGCGCCGCGUCACAUUCAGCUGGCGGUGCGCAACGACGAAGAGCUGAACACCCUGCUGGGCGGCGUCACGAUCUCAGAGGGCGGCGUGCUGCCCAAUAUCCAGGCGCAGCUGCUGCCCAAGAAGACCAAAGGUUCGCGGGACCCGAACACCAGUAAAGAAGUCCAAUCCCAGGACUUCUGACACUCCGACUCUUAUUUUUUUUUUUUUUAAGCACUGACUGGUUUUAACCUUAAUAAAAA